CCCCGCGGCGCCGGGCGCCGAGCACAGCGCCGACCUGCACUUCAAAAUGAGCAAGAAGAUCGCCCAGCUCACCAAGGUAAUAUAUGCUUUGAAUACUAAAAAUGAUGAGCAUGAAGCUGCCAUCCAAGCCCUCAAGGAUGCACAUGAGGAAGAAAUUCAACAAAUUCUUGCAGAAACCAGAGAGAAGAUCUUGCAAUAUAAAAGUAAAGUUGCAGAAGAAAUGGAUCUUAAAAGAAAGAUCCAGGUUUUGGAAGAGUCACUGGAAGAUCAUAAGAAGAUGAAACAUCAGGCCUUGACUGAAUUUGAAGCCUAUAAAGACAGAGUUGAAGACAUGCAGCUUUGUGCAGAAGCUCAGCAUGUCCAACGGGUAGUGACCAUGUCAAGGGAAGUAGAAGAGAUUAGAAAGAAAUUUGAGGAAAGGCUACGAAGUUUCAUACAGCUGCAGGUGCAGUAUGAAAAAGACAAACGAGCGGCUCUUGAAGACUUGAGAGCUGCACAUAGACUUGAGAUUCAAGAGCUUCUGAAGACGCAGCAGAGCCAGAAUGCUACCUUAAGCAAGGGGCAAGAAAAGCUAGAGGAACUGCACAGAAUGGAGCUGGAAGACUUAAACAGUAAAGUUGAAGAGCUGAGACUAGAAAGGAAAAAACUUAUUGAGGACUAUGAAGGCAAACUCAGCAAAGCUCAGUCCUUUUAUGAACAUGAACUUGACUCUUUGAAAAGAUCUCAGCUUUUUACAGCUGAGAGCCUGCAUGCCUGCAAAGAAAAAGAAGUGGAGCUAAGAAAAGAAUUUCAAAACCAAGAAAGUAUUUUACGGAAGAACUUGGGAAAGCUUAAAACUGAAUUGCAAAUGGUCCAGGAUGAAGCUGCCAGUCUGCGGGAAAAAUGCCAAAAACUUCAGGUAGCUCUUGGUACGGCGGAAAACAACGUACAGGUUCUUCAAAAACAACUAGAUGACGUGAAGGAGGAGGAGAUGUCCCUGUUGAGCAAACACAAGGAAGUGGAGAGCGAGCUAGCAGCUGCUAGGGAGCGCUUACAGCAGCAGGCCACUGAUCUUGUUCUCAAAGCCAGUCACAUUGGGAUGCUYCAAGCUACUCAAAUGACUCAAGAAGUUACAAUCAGAGAUUUGGAAUCUGAAAAAUCUAGACUSAAAGAAAAGCUAUCCCAACUAGAAGAAGAAAGAAACUUAUUACAAAGCAAAACACAGAGCCUGGAUGAACGACAAAGGCAGCAGAUUUUGGCAUUGGAGAAGAAAGUAAACGAAGCAAGGGAGACGCAGCGGGAAUAUUACGAGAAGGAGCUGGUGAAAUUGCAGGCAAGAUUGGAAGGAGAGGCUGCACAGUUGAAGGAGGCUCAUUCUAAGACCUUGGAAGAAUUGACGUGGAAACAUCAUACUGCAAUCGAGGCUGCUCACACUAGUGCUAACAAGGAUAAGAAAAAACUGCAGAUGGAGUUGGAGCAGCAGUUUGAGAAGGAAAAACUGCACCUGGAGGAGGAUAAGAGUCAGCUCCGACAGCAGUUGGAAAACCUCCGGGAAGAACUGACAACCAAACUGACUUCGGCCAACCAGGAGGUGUGUCGUCUACAGGACCUUGUAAGAAAAAGUGAGCAAGGCCUUGGAACUGCAGAAGGACAUAUUUCCAGUCUUCAAGAAGCUCAGGAAAUACUCCAAAAAGAACUAGAAUUAACUAGAGCAAGAUUGCGAGAAACCACAGAUUCAUUGUAUAAUGUUGAGGGAGAACUAGAUCAGGAGAGGCAACAACAUGAGCUAAUGAUUGCUGCCAUGAGAGAAGAGGAGAAGUUCAAAGUUGACAGAAUGGCCCGUGACUUGGAAAUAAAAUGGACAGAAAAUCUUCGACAGGAGUGUAAUAAGCUUCGUGAAGAGCUGAGACUUCAGCAUGAAGAGGACAAAAAGGCAGCCAUGACCCAGCUAUUACAGCUAAAGGAACGUGAAAAAAAUGCAGCCAGGGAUGGAUGGCAAAAAAAAGUUGAAGACCUUUUAGACCAGCGGCACUGUCUCGGUGAAGCUUUGCAUAAAUCUAUCAGCAAUAUCUCAUUGCUGAAGCAGAAUCUGGAGAUGCAGCUUUCCCAGUCCCAGAGCUCUUUGCAGCAGCUACAAGCCCAGUUCAGUCAGGAGCGACAGAGGCUGACGCAGGAGAUCCAGGAGUUGGAAGAGGAGCAUCAGCAAAGGCACAAGUCUCUCCAGGAAGCCCACAUCCUCGCCUUUCAGAAYAUGGAAGAAACAAAAGAACAAGAGCAAAAGGAGUUAGAAGAGCGUUUACAGCAAAAGCAUUCAGAAGAACUUCAGGCACUGAAAGAAACACAUAAACAAGCCAUGGAAGGUUUCAAGUUGGAGAUGGAGCAGGAACUUCAGACUCUUCGAUUUGAGCUGGAGGAUGAAGGAAAAGCCAUGUUAGCGUCCCUGCGCUCGGAGCUAAACCACCAGCACGCGGCAGCAAUCGACCAGCUGAGGCACAAUCACCAGCAGGAGCUGGUGGCUGCCAAGCUGGAGCUCGAGAGAAGCAUCGAACUCGGCAGACGGCAGGAGAAAGAAUUUUUAUGUCGAAUAUCAGAUUUGCAAGAUGAACUAAGGCACCGAGACCAUCAUAUAGCUGAGCUGGAUAAAGAGAUUCUGCAUCUUCAUGAGAAUAUAAGUGCCCUGACCAAGGAACUAGAGUUUAAAGGGAAAGAAGUUCUUAGAAUACGCAGUGAAUCCAACCAACAGAUCAGGAUACAUGAGCAAGAUUUAAGCAAGAAACAUGAGAAAGAGCUGGAUGUCUUGACAGCAGAUCACAUCAGAGAGAAACAAAGCAUGCUGGCAGAUUUUAAUAAGACCCAAGAGCUGCUCAAGGAAAUUAAUUCAGCUUUACAAAUUUCUUUAGAAGAAAUGGAAGAAAAAUAUAAAAGCAGAGAAUCAAGACCAGAAGAUUUGCAGCUUAUCUCAGAGCUGAAAGACCUAAUUGCAGAGAGGGACCAGCUCAUAAAGAAAUUGAUUGAGGACAAAAAGUUCUAUCAACUGGAACUAGUUAACAGGGAGACUAACUACAACAAAGUGUUUAAUGCAAGCCCUAAUGUUGGUGUUAUUAAUCCAUUGGUGAAGCAAAAGAAGAAGAACGAUAAAUCGACAAACAGGUUUGUGAGUGUCCCCAAUCUAAGUGCCAUGGAGUCUAGUGGAGUGGGCAAUGGACAUCCUAACCGCCUGGACCCCAUUCCCAACUCACCCAUCCACGAUAUUGAGUUCAGCAGCAGCAAACCACUACCACAGCCAAUACCACCCAAAGAGCCCAAGACGUUUUGGAGCCCUCCUCAGACUGAGGCGUCCCCGGAGGCUUCUCCAGACCCGCAGCGCCAGGAGUGGCUCGCUCGCUACUUCACCUUCUGAGGGACGGCUCGGCCUCGUGGCUCGGCGGCGCCUGCGCUCUCUCUAACAGCAUGACCUGAAGUAAACCCUCCCGCGAACAAGCUUUCCCGUACUUUGUCCAACACUGUGAAUGAGAAAGUAUUUGUCUUUCUGAUUUGAAAAUGCACUGUAUUUCACGUGAUAUUUGUUGGAAUCACUUGACAUGGUACUAUAUAAAUGUGUGUAAUUAUAACUAUUAUUUUUAUUUGAAACGGAAGAAUCUUUAAACUUUGUAAUUACUACAUAAUAAAUUUUGGUAGAACGAACAUAAUGCUUUCCCCCUUUUGCCUAUGAAGAUGUGUUUUCU